CAUCAAUUGUAAUGAGAAAAAAAAAAAAAAGAAGUGCUCCAGAAUUUUAUAUAUAUCCUAUUCAUUCAUUCAUUCAUCACUGAGAUUGCAGUGUAGCUAUCUCCUCCCUCACUAUGUCUGCAUUCUCUCUCUUCUCCCUUGUCAUUCUAUUGCAUGCUCACUUCACCUCCUCUGUACGCCUUCUAAUGCAGACACCAGCAUCAACCAGAUGGAGCUCGAUGAAAAACACAACAGAGCCAUCACGGACAGAACCAUGUAGAACUGGCAAUCCUACUGAUGACUGUUGGAGGUGUGACCCUGACUGGGAAACCAACCGGAAAAUGCUAGCCGAUUGUGCAAUUGGGUUCGGACGCAAUGCCAUUGGUGGCCGGGAUGGCGAAUUUUACGUUGUGACGGAUGCAAAUGAUGACCCGAAGAACCCAAGUCCAGGGACACUCCGGCAUGCUGUUAUCCAGUAUGAACCUCUAUGGAUCAUCUUUGAUCAUGACAUGGUCAUUAAUUUAAAAGAAGAGCUUAUAAUGAACUCUUACAAGACCAUAGAUGGAAGAGGGUCUUACAUUGAACUAUCACAUGGACCAUGCAUUACCAUACAAAAUGUGACUAACAUUAUCAUUCAUGGUAUUUACAUACAUGAUUGUGUACCAGCUGGGAAUGCCAUAGUGAGGGACAGACCAGAUCAUUAUGGACCAAGAAGUAUUUCUGAUGGGGAUGGGAUUUCGAUUUUUGCGGGGAGGGAUAUUUGGGUUGAUCAUUGUACACUAGCAAAUUGCAAGGAUGGACUCAUUGAUGCAGUGUAUGGAUCAACAGCCAUUACCAUAUCAAACAAUUACAUGUUUCACCAUAAUGAAGUCAUGCUUUUGGGUCAUAAUGAUGAUUUUCUCGCUGACAAGAAAAUGCAAGUCACUAUUGCCUUCAAUUACUUUGGGGAAGGUUUGGUUCAAAGAAUGCCCAGGUGCAGACAUGGGUACUUUCAUAUUGUAAAUAAUGUAUAUACUGGCUGGAAGAUGUAUGCUAUAGGAGGGAGUGCCAAUCCAACCAUCAAUAGCCAAGGAAAUGUCUUCAUUGCAGCAGAUGACAUCUCUACCAAGGAGGUGACCAAACGCGAAAACCCGUUGGGAUACGAUGAUUGGAAGGCAUGGAAUUGGAGAUCAGAUGGAGAUCUGAUGCUGAAUGGUGCUUUCUUUAAACCUUCUGGACAAGACUCUCCAGGAAGCUAUGCAAGAGCAUCAAGCAUGGUGGCAAGGCCAGCGUCACUUCUAACAGAUAUUAUUCCUUCCGCUGGAAUUCUAAAUUGCAAGAUAGGCCAACAAUGCUAAAAAUCUUGGCAAUCAGAUUUUCAUUGUAGUACAUCAGUUUGGUUUUUUUUCCUAAUAAGGAAUCAAUUGAAAAGCUGUUGUAACCCUGAUUGUUUUUAAGUUAAAUGUUAAAAGUGUAUCUAAAUUUCCAAUCACAUGUCGCAUUCAACAUUACAAUUAUGAUCCAAUAACGAAGGAAUCAUUUAUGCACAUGUAAUUACUGGAUUAGGUAUGAUAUGAGUAUAUAGGGGCUACGUCGUGUAUAUAAGACAAUGUUAUUAGGUUGUGAAGUGAUGUGUUAAUAAUGAUAUAGUAUCAUCAUUAUUGAAGAUUCAUGCCAUCUCAAGACAGCUUUAGAAACAUGUUAAGCUGACUAAACUCCCAUUAAACUGUUUUUUCAUGUUUUGCUCUGGAGACCAAACUUCUCAACAAGCUUUAAAUGAUAGGAGCAGAAAGCAGAUUGGCAUUGCUUAUUUUGGGUAGUGUCCGUUCCACCCAAAAAUAUUGUCUGCUAACCCAAAAAAUAUUGCCUACUGUCCCAAUCAUGCAUUAAUCCUUGUAGGUUUUUCCCAAUGUUUUGUGCCAAUCAUUUAUGGUUAAUCAUAUGUAUUAGGAUUUCUCAGUGGAUCUACUUCUCUAUGAGAUUGGUCUUGCUUUGUCAAAGGAUCAAUUGGGUCUUCCUGUAUUGCGUAAAAAGAAGACAGUGAUAUUUGAUGAUAAUGGCUGAAUUGUUCAAAUGUUGAUUUGUUUGAAAUGGGAGCCUAUACGAAUUGCUGACUUCGGAUUGAUACUGCCUUGCUGGGAGCUUACAAAUUUUGUCAUAUUUGAGUUCUUUUGGUGAUGUUCAAGAACUUUGGUUGGAAUUUUUAAAGUUUUUUG